AAAAGAAGAGGACAGGAGAGAGAGCUGGGGGGUUGGGGAUUUCCAUGUUUAGACCUGGCCGGCUCCUCAUACAUAAACACUGCUGACUGGUCACAGGCAGUCAGAGUCCUACUGUAUACAGGCUCUGUAUACUCAGUCAGAGUCCUACUGUAUACAGGAUCUGUAUACUCAGUCAUGGAGAGGAAUACGUGCUCAGCUCAGUCUUCUGUACAGUUGGCUCAACAAACCAGUAAACCUGGGACAUCCAAUGGACUUGAUAAGCUGAGUCGUUUGGAACAGCUAGAGCCAGAGGAGUCACUGGACAGAGAGGACCCCCGAGAAUACUGCCAUGGGGGGUACCACCCUGUUCACAUUGGAGACACCUUCAACAGGAGAUACCAGGUUCUGUCUAAGUUGGGCUGGGGAUACUUCUCCACUGUAUGGCUCUGCUUGGACCUCAGGUUGGGCAGGCGAGUGGCCGUGAAGGUUUUGAAGAGUGGAGAAGGAUUCACACAGGCUGGGCAAGACGAAUUGACUCUGCUACGCUGUGCCAGUGGUCCCACUGCUCGUCACCUCCAAAGCCGGAGGAUAGUCCAACUACUGGAUGAGUUUAAGAUAGCUGGGGUCAACGGGGUUCAUGUAUGCCUAGUGCUGGAGCUGCUGGGACCAGACCUCCGCUGUUGGCAAGUCUGUUUUGGAAACCCAGGGCUAUCGCUGUCUUGGGUCAAACAGGUCAUUGCUCAGGUUCUUCAGGCAUUGGACUACCUGCACACUCAAUGUAAAAUCAUCCACACAGACAUCAAGCCUGAGAAUAUACUGUUAUGUUUGGAGGAGCAGAACCCAAAACAGACAGCAGGGGGCAGUGCCUGUCCAUACCCUGGGAAAGAUGCCAAGUCAAGGAGCACAGCAGAGAAGGACCUGGUCACUCCCAUCAGUCUGAAGGAAAUCACAGUAAAGAUUGCUGACCUGGGAAGCUCCUGUUGGGUGUACAAACAUUUCUGUGAGGAGAUUCAGACCCGUCAGUACCGCUCACUAGAGGUUCUAUUGGGCUCUGACUACGGCCCACCAGCAGACAUCUGGAGUGUAGCCUGCAUGGCUUUUGAGUUGGUCACUGGGGAUUCAUUAUUUGAGCCCAAAGCUGGGAAGACCUUUUCUUUAGAGGAAGAUCACAUCGCUCACAUAAUAGAGCUCCUUGGCAAAGUCCCAGCAGCAGUAGCCUUGUCUGGCAAGUAUUCCAUGGAGUACUUCAAUCGCAAAGGUGACAUGCGUCAUAUCGGAGUGCUGCGGCCCUGGGGUCUAUAUGAGGUGUUGGUGGAGAAGUACCACUUCAUGCUGAAGGAGGCCUCUCUGUUCUCUGACUUCCUGUUGCAUAUGUUGGACUUCCAGCCGGAGAGGAGGGCCAGUGCUGCCCAGUGUCUCCUGCACCCAUGGCUUAGCUCCUGAACCCUGGCCCUGGAGCCAACUUGAUACCAAGCUAGUAGAUAAAUGUGUUAUAUAAAAGUGUUAUGCAGAGUGUUAUGCAGAGACAAACACAGUGGUGCUGAGUCACUAAGACUACGGGAAAGAUAUACAGUAUACAUUUUGCCAACUGGCAAUUGCCAAUGUUCCGGGUGAAAUGUACUAUUUUAUAUUCAUUCAUUAAGUAAGACUAGAUUUGUCUCUUCUGAUAAACGAAUGUGGCAUUUGAUUAUCUGUAGUGUAAUGAAUGUAUGAAGUACAAACUUAUAUAAGUGUUGUAUGAUUUACUGAAAUGUAGUACUUGUGCUCAAGACUUUCCACAGCUGUGCUGCACAGUGCACUGCGCCAAUUGUACUACUGUAUAUUUGUAGUUCUUUUUUACAGCAUACAAUAAAUCAUGUUUUGCUAGAAAUG